CCGGACUUGUUCCUCUCGCUCACCGGUCCGUCUUCAUAACUCUUCCGUCUAAAGAUGGCGGAGUAUCUGAAUGUAGUCCGAAGGGCUUUGGGACAGAUAGGAGGUCAUGGAGGAGUCCGGGGUCUUCUGGUCCAGUUCUUCAGGGCGAAUGAUGUGAAGACGGGAGCCCUGAUCGGCGUGGAUAAAUAUGGGAACAGAUACUUUGAGGACAGCAAGCACUACUUCUUUGGGCGUCACCGCUGGGUGAUCUACACAACGGCCAUGAACAAUAAGAACACCAUGUGGGAGGUGGACGGCAGCAUGGUCCCAGCUGAGUGGCAUCGCUGGCUGCACUGCAUGACAGACGACCCCCCGACCACACAUCCACCCGUACCCAAGAAGUUCCUUGCUGACGUCCACCAGAUCAACGUGAGCGGCAGCUCCCAGCAGUACGUGCCCUACCCCACCACCAGCAAGAAGAUCCACGAGUGGGUCCCUCCCAAAGCUGGAGCUCAGUGAACUCUGACCUCAUAUUUGUAAAUUAUGUUACCCUGCCGAUGCACCCGACACGCCCUCAAUAAAAUCUCUAUACAAACUUUAA